CGUCGCUCAUUUCGCGCCUUGCAGCAAGGAAUAGGAUUCUCGGAUGAUGGCCGCUUGAUAACAGCCUUCGCUCACAUGCGCACCCGUCGUCUCGGCUCCUGUGCGCACUAAGCAGCUUUGCCAGAGCCGCUCAUUUCCGAGCCCUUAUCGCCCGCCGCCAUGUUCAAGCGCAAAAGCGACGCCGAAGAUGACGGCAGCCGCAAGGCGCCCAAGCUGGGCGGCGCCGGCGGCAGCGGAGGCGGGAAGAUGUCGUUCGCCGCCAAGAUGAUGGCCAAGAUGGGCUACAAGGAAGGCGAGGGCCUCGGUCGCUCUGGUGACGGCAUUCUCAAAGCCAUCGAAGUGAAGCAGCGGCCGCAAGGCGUCGGUCUGGGCGCCGUCCGCGAAAAGACAGAGCAGGACAAGCAGGAGGCGAAGAGGCAGGCGCUCAAGCGUGGGGAGGAGUACGAGGACUCGUCCGAAGAGGAGAGAAAGGCACGACGGAAGAGGAAGGAGGCUGUACGAAGCGCCACCGCCAGCGGCGCCAGCACACCUGGCGGAGCGAGGAAGCCGAAGACGAAGUACAGGACUGCGGCCGAGAUCGAGCGUCAGGCAGAAGGCCUGGAAGUGCCGAAUGUGCUGAAGAGUCUGAUCGAUGCGACCGGCAAGGAGGCUAAACUCAUCACGUCCACUGCUGGUUUGAUGACACCCACCUUCACGUCUGCAGUUGAAGAAACGGAAGCGCAGAAGAUUGCAAACCGAGCACGAAAGGAACUGGAGAGCUACGCCGAUGCAUGGACUGAGCUCACCGAGCGCAACAAGUUUGCCCUCGCGGAGGAAGAGCAGGUGCGACAAGAGCUCGCCGAGCAGGAUGAGGAGAUCAAGCAGGUGGAGCAGAUGCUGCAAGCUGUCCAGGCCCUGCAAGACCUAGACCUGUCACGGCCGCGGCUGGCUGAUGAUGCCGCGAACGCGUGGGAACAGGUCACCAGCAAGCUUGAAACACUGCAAGUUGAGUACGCUACAGAAGUCGAGCGCUUCCACCUGACAGAGGUUGCUGUCGCCGCAAUCAAUCCGCUCUUCAAGCAAGAAAUGAUAGAUUGGGAGCCGUUAGAGAAGCCGACUCAUCUCGUGCCAUAUCUGCUGCGGAUCAAGCGCAUCUUGGGUAUCAAGAAAGACGAACGAGCUCUGGCAAUACAUAACGGGCGUGAUGGUUUCCAGUCCAUCCGGCGGCAGAAAUCCACUACGCCGUACGAAUCACUCAUCUACAACUCAUGGCUUCCAAAGGUUCGCACGGCUAUCACGAACGAGUGGGACCCGCUCAACCCUUCCCCCCUUAUCACUUUGGUGGAAAGUUGGCGGGACCUUCUCCCGGAAUUUAUAUACCACAACCUGGUGGACCAUCUCGUCGUCUCGAAACUGUCUAUCGCAAUUCAGGAAUGGAAUCCACGGACUUCGCUGAAGCGUAAACACGGCACCCCUUUGCCUCACAUCUGGCUCUUCCCGUGGCUGCAGUUCCUCUCGCCGCAUCACACGGACCCCACGUCUGCAACGGGCCUGUUGACUGAAGUCAAGCGCAAGAUACGUGUCGUACUGGAUACAUGGGAUCUUUCGCGAGGAGUCCUGCCGGGUCUAGACGCAUGGUCCUCCGUCCUAGGCUCGACUUUGCAAGACGCUUUGGUAAAACAUCUACUCCCGCGACUCGCUAAACUCCUAGCUACGUCGUUCGAGGUUUAUCCUCCAGAUCAAGAUCUCACGCCUCUAGAACACGUUCUUGUCUGGGAGAAAUUCUUCAAGCCUGCCGUAAUGGGGCAACUACUCAUUGCCGAGUUCUUUCCAAAGUGGAUUAACACACUUCAUGCCUGGCUUACCAUGCCCGAGGCGAAUUACGAGGAGAUUGGAAAGUGGUAUAAUUGGUGGAAAGAGCAGAUUCCAGCGUCUGUCAACGCGGUGAAAGCGGUUUCGGACAAGUGGGAGGAGGGUUUGGUGAUGAUGAACCAAGCUAUAGAUCUUGGUGACGACGCGAUAAGCCAAUUACCGCCUCCUGCAGCUGGACCGUCCAAACCGAUUGCUUCAGCUCUGAGGAGCAAGGAAGUGGAGACGCCCGUUAAGGCACGGACGCAGGCUCAAGAAGUCGAGGCUACAUUCAAAGAUGUAGUGGAAGAAUGGUGUGAGCAAGAGGGGUUGAUGCUCAUCCCUCUGAGAGAGGCACACGACAUCACUGGGCUACCGCUAUUCAGGAUCACGGCGAGUGCAUCCGGUAAAGGCGGGGUUGUGGUGUAUCUGAAGGGAGAUGUUGUAUGGGCACGAAAGAAGAACGACAAGACAGCAUUUGAGCCUGUGGGCUUGGAGCAGACGCUUAUCGACAGAGCAGAGGGGAAAUGAAGCAAGACCGUUCAUUAUAAGUACCAUCGCUGCUGCCUGGGAGGGAAAGAGCCUCGAGGCCUGUCGGUUGGUCGUCGACUGCGCUUUCCUUGUGGAGUUUUUGUACUGACUCAACAUGGGGUCGCGAUGGGCUGCGUGGCAACCGCUUUGGGGAAUGAUUCCUUAUAGGGCGAUGGACGGCGCCUGCAUAGUCUCAUUGAGCGGCGGAGCUCCAGGCAGUAUGACCAUGCGCCCGUGUUUUGAUCCUCCUUACACACAUCAAGAGAGGCCCGGCAUGCGUGAAUGCUUUGUGCCCCCUUGCAGAUCCAGUAGCUCCCCAUGCGGCUCCAUACCGGCUUGAGAACGUUCAGCUCGCGUUUUUCACCUCUAUAUGUCGAUCUUCGAACGCACCGAAACUUUUCCUACAGCCGGCAUCUAUCAACCGUGCUGUUCGCAGCUGCCAUGGGAUCAUACAGAAAAAGAAAGAGAAAAAAUAAGAGAGAGAAUUUGCACUACUCAUCAGACGGCAUCAUUUGACUUUGUGAGAGCAGUGAUCUUUGUGUGCUUGUUCCUCUUGCCUCUAACGCAGGAUACGCCAUAAUGAGCUAAAGGGA